AUGGUCCAAGCUUUGCCAUGGUUGUGUGGGCUCCUGGAAACAGGAGACGUGGCUGAUUGCGUCGUGGAAUUCGAUAACGACCCUCCACCUGCACCAUGCUUCGAACUGCUGGAUGCCGAGCAAGAGGAGCUUCAAGUUGCAGUGGUUCGUGGAUUUCUCUCGCCCAAGGAGGUGCUGCAAGUCAGUGGCAUGCGCCAAGCCUUCGAGCUGAAGGAGAUCGAUGAUCGCGACGAUGAUCUGAUCUAUCGGCACGAAGUCUGGAGGAUGGAGCAUGAGCUGCAGGAGGCCGCUCCCAAAGUCUACAGGCGGCUCAUGGACCACUGCAGGGCGUUGGACGACGAGCUUUGGAACGAAAUUGAAGUGGGCGACCGCUUCUAUCCCGAGAUCGAGUAUAUUCAGUACGAUGUGGAAAAGCUUGGCGAACCGGGAACAAUUGAACCCCACAGGGACAACGAGUCCCAGGUGACUGUUGUUGUGCUUCUGUCUCAACCGACAGAAUUCAAAGGGGGCAUCAACUUCUUUGAACCUGGGUGGAAGGGCGGCGAUGCUCGAAGUGUGAGGCUUGGGGCAGGCGAUGCCGUGUUCUUCUACGGCGACCAAUGCGAACAUUGGAUUUCACCGGUGACGUCCGGUCGCAGGAUCAUCUUGCAGAUGGAAGCUCCUCCGCACCUGGACAG